CCGCCGCUUUUCUAACAAAAACAGAAAACGGAUAAAGUUUCUCUCAUCUCUGUCUCUCUAGCACUCAAAGUUUGUGCUGAAGUAGAAAUGCUUGCCAACCCUAGCUUCCAUGGACGACCUCUGCAAUAUGUACCAACAGUUCGUAACGAACUGUGCAGGCCCUACGCUUGCCCUCUACAGCUUCACAGCAGAAGCUAUCAGUUCCUUGCUUCCUCAUUGGGAGACAAGAGGAAGAGAAUAAGAAGAAGAAGCAUUAGCCGAAUUUUUAAAACUCAAUUCUCCGUAAGAGCUUCAGCGGAGCCUCAGGACUUGUCGGUUUUGGCUGUGGGUAGUGCUGGAGUUCAAGCCUCCCCAUUCUCUGUUCGAAUACCCGUUGGGGAUAGACAUAUAACGGUUGAGACAGGUCUUAUAGGGAGGCAGGCUAGUGGGGCAGUUACAGUUACAGAUGGAGAAACUAUUAUCUAUACAACUGUUUGUUUAGCUGAUGUCCCAAGCGAGCCUUCUGAUUUUUUCCCUCUUUCUGUUCAUUAUCAAGAACGUUUUUCAGCAGCUGGUCGGACGAGUGGGGGAUUUUUUAAACGAGAAGGGAGGACAAAAGAUCAUGAGGUUCUCAUUUGUAGAUUGAUUGAUAGGCCUUUACGUCCAACCAUGCUUAAGGGAUUCUACCAUGAAACCCAAGUACUUUCUUGGGUAUUAAGUUAUGACGGUUUGCAUCCACCAGAUGCCUUGGCAGUUACGGCUGCUGGAAUUGCUAUGGCUUUGUCAGAAGUACCAAGUUCAGAAGUUAUAGCAGGAGUUCGAAUUGGUCUUAUUGGUGAUAAGUUCAUUGUGAAUCCAACCAUUCAGGAAAUGGAAAACUCGAAGUUGGAUUUGCUACUAGCAGGCACAAACAAUGCAAUAUUGAUGAUUGAGGGGUAUUGUGAUUUUCUUCCGGAGGACAAGUUGCUUGAAGCUGUAGAAGUUGGGCAGGUUUUUAUCUUAAAUUUAUGUUACUCUUCUAAGUCCAAUUUAUAG